ACGUGUUCAUCAUGAGAGUGUUUGCAGUAAUCCUGGCGCUGGCCGUCCUCACAGGCUGCAGCGCUCGCAGUAUUCCUCCACAAGACUUCCUCAACUGGGAGGCUCCACUCGCCAAGUUCACCAGUUAUUUCUCCGACAUGAACGAUAAAACCGACGAUCUGCUGGAGAAAAUCAAGAGCUCCGAGAUCAGCAGAGAACUGGACACCCUGAUCCAGGACAGCAUGUCGGAGCUGGCCAUGUACCGGGACGACCUGCAGACCAAGCUGGCUCCGUACACCCAGGAGGCAGCUGAACGUCUGGGCAAGGACCUGAAGAAGAUGGCCGACAAGCUGCAGGAGCACAUGAAGGAGGCCCGGGACCAGAUGGGGAGGUACGGCAGCGAGCUGCAGACCAUGAUGGAGCAGAACAGCGACGACGUCCGGGUCCGAGUGUCGGCCUACAGCCGCAAGAUGAAGAAACGCCUCAACAAGGACUCCGAGGAGAUCAAGAGACGCGUGUCCGACUAUCUGGAGGAGCUUCAGACCAGAAGCUCGGAGAACAUGGAGGAGAUGAGGACUCGCCUGGACCCCUACUUCGCUCAGGUCCGAACCAACGCCCAGGCCAAGAUCACCACCCUGAACGACCUGCUGAUAGCUCAGGUGGAGAACGUGAAGAGCAAAAUCCAGAAGGCCACCGAGGACAUCAAGGAACAGUGGGAGGACACUGCUGAAGACCUGCGAUCCACCCUGAAGGAGAAGAUGGCGGAGCUGCGCAACUGGUUCCAGCCCUACAUCUCCAUGUUUAGAGAAGAGUAAACAUCAUCAGUCCAGACUUCCUGUUCUUCUGUUUGAUUCAUGGAAAGAGUUCGAAGAAUGAUCAUCAAUAAAAACGUCUCCUUACAGAA